UUCUCCUCCUCGGCCGGGUGCCGAUUCAUGGCAGCGGGGGUGACUGUGAUGGCGGCGGCCGGAGGGCCGGUGCUGAACGGAGCGGACGCGGGCGCCGCGGGACUGAAGGAGGCGGCGGGCAUGUACGAGCAGCUGAGGGCCGAGUGGAACCGCAAGAACCUCAGCCUGAGCAAGUGCGGAGACUUGCUGGGCCGGCUCAAGUUAGCUCUGCUUGAACUCAACUUUCUGCCCACAACAGGCACAAAACUGACUAAACAGCAGCUUAUCUUGGCAAGAGAUAUUCUAGAAAUCGGAGCACAGUGGAGUAUCCUGAAGAAGGACAUCCCGUCUUUCGAGAGGUACAUGGCCCAGCUGAAGUGCUACUAUUUUGAUUACAAAGACGAGUUACCGGAGUCAGCCUACAAGCAUCAGCUGCUGGGCUUGAACCUCCUCUUCCUGCUGUCUCAGAACCGUGUCGCAGAGUUCCACACUGAGCUUGAAAGGCUGCCAGCCAAGGAUAUUCAGACCAACGUCUACAUCAAGCACCCUGUUUCUUUGGAGCAGUAUCUGAUGGAAGGCAGUUACAAUAAAGUCUUCCUGGCAAAAGGCAACAUCCCAGCAGAGAGUUACGCUUUCUUCAUCGACAUCCUGUUGGACACUGUCAGGGAUGAAAUUGCCAGCUGCAUUGAGAAGGCCUAUGAGAAGAUCCUGUUCAAUGAGGCCACUCGCAUGCUCUUCUUCACCCCCAAGAAGAUGACAGACUAUGCCAAGAAGCGAGGCUGGGUUCUAGGCCCAAACAGCCACUACUGUUUCACGGGCCAGCAGCAGAAGCCGGAAGAUGCCACCAUCCCUUCGACAGAGCUAGCCAAACAAGUUAUUGAAUAUGCCCGGCAGCUGGAGAUGAUCGUCUAGCGGGCCCCCACCAUGGGCUGGGACUGUGGGUUACUUCCCCCCCCUUUUAGUAUUUGUAAUCCAGUUCCCAUACAGUGGGCAGUCAAUUUGCUUAUAUAGGAAGGAUGGGGGCUCUUUCGUCCCAUCUUUUUUUUUCCUGGGAUGCCAGAGUAAAAAUUGUGCCUAUCCCUGUGUCAUUAACAGUUACAUGGUUCCUUGGUCCUAGGUGGAGAUACGUUCUGGAUAUGAAAGGGAGGGGGGCUGGUGAAUCAUGGGCUUUUCUGACCUCAGAGGGGUGGAAAUAGCCUAUAUUAUUGCCUCCCCCCCCCCCUUUUGCAUCAUAGACCAGCCUGUCACUUGCUCAUUAUUCAAAAUUAAUGCCAGGAACUGGUUGCACUGGAAACAGAUACUUUUCUCUGCUUUCUGGUCAGCGCAGGGUUAAACUGGCCUCCCAGAAUUACGAUCUGACUUUUGGUUUUUAUUUGGUAACUUGCUGUCGCCUUUUGGUACAAGCCACUUAUAAGGAUUGACUGUAGGUUAAAUAAACACAGUUUCUUCUACAAA